GUACAUGACAGGUAAAAUAUUCUAAACCGUUCAAUAAAUUUUCAUAGCGAAGACUAAUAUGGCAUCAUCCAGCACAAUAACAUGCGGUGUUUGUGAGUCUCAGCACACGACAACAAAGGCGGACUUCUGGUGUCCUGAAUGUGACGAAGGAUUGUGUUCCCAAUGUCUGAAGCAUCACAGUGCAUCAAAAGGCACACGUAACCAUGAAGUUAUAUCUGUCGACAACUAUAAACAAUUACCUCCCUCGAUAGCCAAUAUAUCACAAUACUGUUCACUGCAUGACAGAAAAUUCCAGAAUUAUUGUCCGCAACAUGAAAGUCUCUGUUGUCCGCAAUGUAUUCAGUCAAACCAUGCUACCUGUAAUGGGAUAUUAUCACUGGAGAAUGUCAUACAAACAGCAAAGACGUCAGUUUUAUUGGAAAGUCUUGAUCAAAACAUCAAAAAUCUCAAAAUUAAUGUCGAGAGACUUGUUGAAGAUCGGAAACAAAAUCUUGAUGAAAUCCAGAAACAAAGGCAAAAGUUUUAUGACAAUAUAAAACUGGUCCGUAAUAAGAUUAACGAACACCUUGACAGCCUAGAACAACGAAUAAUUCAGGACUUAUAUGCUGCCGAAACGAAAGUCAAAUCCCAAAUUGAGGACUUGCUGAGUAAACUUGCUGAAAAUUCAGAAAAUAUAAAUUCAAUGCAAAAAAAUAUUUCAGCUAUCAAAGAUUAUGCGUCAGAUCUACAAGCAUUUCUUGGGAGUAAAAUGAUUGAAACAGAAAUUCAGAAGCAUGAAAUAUUUAUGCAGUCAUUAUAUGACGAUGGAAGUUUGCGGAAGUUGGAUAUAAACUGUAAAAUUGAGGACAAGAUAACCGACGUAUUGUCAACUGCUACUUUACUAGGUGCAAUAUCCAUCGAAUCAAGCUCUCCAUUGGUGGUUAUGAAGAGAGAGAAAGAAACACAAGCACAGACAAGGUCUUUGAAACACGUGCCACCUUCAACUAUCAAUGAUAUAACAAUGACAUUACAAAGUAAAUUCAACUUUCUUGGUAUCACAGGAUGCACCUUUUCUUCUACAGGAGACAUCAUCCUGAUAGACUUCGAUAAUACACGUGUCCGAAUUUUAAAGGAAGAUGGAACCUUGAAGAGUGAGAUAACUCUUUCACCUUCAGGCCCAGUUGAUGGUACCUGUAUCGAUGACAAGACAGUUGCCGUUUCAUGUCCUUGUUCAAAUCAAAUACAAAUCAUAAACAUUUCUACUAAAAGAGUUGAACGCAGAAUAAAAACGACCAGCCAAUGUUUUGGUUUAUGUUACAGAGAUGACUACUUGUUGUACUGUGAUACUGGCAGAGGUAUUCAGAAAGUAGAUAUGGCAUUCAAUUGCUCUUUUACUUUGGUUGAAGACAACACCUUGUCCAGGUUGAGUUAUGUAGCAACAUCUAAAGAUAACAUAUUUUAUACCAAUAGCUCAAACUCCACCGUAACGUGCUGCUCAUUGACUGGAGAGAAGAUUUGGGAAUACGCAGACCAAUCAGUUCCUUCUCCGUAUGGGAUAGCUGUAGAUAAAGGCUUAAACGUAUAUAUUGCUUCACAAAGUAGCAACAGUAUAUUUGUACUGUCGUCGGAUGGAAAACAAGCAAGAAAACUGCUAGGACAUAAUGAGGGAGUUAAUACCCCUUAUGGACUCGCAUUUGAUGUUACGAAAGAAAAAAUAAUAGUUGUGAAUAAUUUUGACGCGAAAUUGUACGGAUUAUGUUAAGAUACAAGUUAUGAUUACGUAGGGUACAGUUUCAGAGCUGAUGUUUGUCAAAUAUUUAAAUGUCUGAAAUAUAUUGAAAUGAGAAUACAUCAAAUAUAGUAUUUUUAUAUUCCUUAUUUCUAUUUUAUUACUUUGUUAAGAUGUAAUAACAUAUAUGUUGAAAUAAAUAAACGUUUUACCUGGC